AUGGAGGAGGAGGUGGAGGAUGAUGAAGAUGAGGAGGAAGGUCGGCACCAUCGGGCCGAGGACGUUAAUGUAGCACACAGGAAGUGGACGACAAAGGAACCCAUGAUGUUGAACACACAGACGCUACCUGCUCCGCCCAUCUCAGGGGAAGCUCCGCCCCCCUCCCGGAGGAAGAGGAGGAAGUCCUCUAACCGACCUCCGCUUCCUCUCCGGUUCCUCUCCGGUGGAGCCGCAGCGCCCCCUACCGGAGCGGCGGAACAAACACCGUCAUGGCGGCAGGACGCGGUCAGUUCUUCAGCAGCAUCCUGCGGGGUUUGGAGCAGAGACCGGGACCGGAGGGACCCGGGAGAGGAGCGGCGGGCCUCCGGGGAGCAGCGGCCCCGGAGAGAGGCGCUACGGGCGCCCGGUGGAGGAGGAGGCGGCCGGAAGCAGCCCGGGACCCCGCUGAGGAGAGCAGCUGCUCAAAACCGCAGAAACAGAAACAAAAAUCCAGAUUUCCUGGAGUCAGAAGUUAGAAACAAAGAAAACUUGGUGGAAAAGCUUCCGUCGGAGAUUCUGGUUAAGAUUCUUUCGUAUCUCGACGCCUCCUCGUUGUUCUGUGUCGCUCACGUCAGUAAACUUUUCCACCGACUCGCCAGCGAUGACGUCGUGUGGAGGAACAUCUACGUGUCCGAGUUUGGGAGUCAGACCUGGAAGCCGGUGGACGAAGCCGUGGAAGAGAACCAGUCAGGACGCUGGAAGAAGAUGUACUUCCGGACUGUCGCCGGACAGGAAGUGAACAAGUGGAGGAAGGAACUGCGAGACAUCAGUCCGUACACGGGACUUCCCAGACAGACGGAGUGGGUCCUCAGGAACCUGAACGUGAGUUGGGAGCUGACGGUGGUCGAUAGACUCGGACGAGAAACGACGCUGGAGCAGAGCCGGGCGUACUUCUUCGAAUCGUCCGUCAUCAUCCGCUGGAGUGGAGGAAGUUUCCCCUUGUUCCAUCACUUCAGCAGCAUCCAGAUGCACGGAGUCAGGAAGGAGAACCUGGAGAGCGCCAAAGUCAGGAGGCCUAGGUGGCGCUCUCUGAUGUUGCAGCUGGAUAUGAGGACUCAUCCAAAUCAGUUCUACGGCAAAGACAAACUGAUCAACCUGAGGUAUUUUCCACCAGACGUCAUCAUCGGCCUCUGGAGGGGUCAGAGCGACGUCGCCUUCAUCAUGGUCAGUCUGCACUUCUACAACCUCGUGGAGAAAAGUCUGCUGGGGUCUCCGUUCUGCCCGUACUCUGAUUGUGUCGACCCGCUGCCGGUGGACGACUCGGACCCUGAGUUUGGUCUCCACGGUUACACUUUGCACUUCGUCCUGCACAACACCGGAACCGAGAUCAUGUCUGGACACUUCCGCCAGCUCCCCUGCAGCCCGGCUCAGGUCCAGCGUUCUCUGGUGAAACUGGACGUCAUCAACAGAACUGACUUGUCUCAGCACAGAUCUCUGUCUGGAAGCAUCAAGCUGCCUUGGAAGAGCGAAGAGUUGGAGGGUUCAGUGGAGAACUGCUGCAUCAUGACGUUGACUCUGCUGGACGAGUUCCAGAAACCCUUCUGGUGCGUCAGUUCGCCCAUUUCCAUCCGGGUGGCAAAGAAGUCGCUGUCGUCGGACUACAGCGACGACCACUUCCUGAUGGACUAUCAUGGCCCGGAGGGCCAGGUGAAGAUGGUUCUGGUGUGGUUGAAGGAGCAGAACCAGUUCUUCCUCAUCAGGCUCAGUUUGUUCGUCGCCGUCUUCAAGGUCAACCAGCGUUUCAGCACAAACUACUGAAGCCAGACUGGACCAAUCACACUUUAGGUUUCUGGUUUUUACAGUUCGGAUGCUGUGAUUUGGAGAUUUUUUUCCAGUUGGACCAGUAGUUUGUGAAGUUUAGUUGAUGUAUUCGUUCUGAAGAACAAAGAAUUAAAUCUGAGGCUCGUGUUGAAGCUUUUCAGUAGAAAACAACAAUUUCAAAUGAAGUUCUUUCCUCAUAUUUGGUCCAAAAUUGAGACAUUAUUGGAAGAAAAGUGACACAAAACUUCAUCAGUUUAGUUCAUUAGUUUCAUGUAUUUGAUAAAUUUCUUGGAUAUUUUUUUUUAUCCUCGGAACAACAGAAUUAAUUUUUGGCGUUUUGAUGCAUUGAACGGUUUUGAAAACAAUAAAAUUUCACUUGUGCGUU